GCUCAGGGGGUGUUUGUUUCACUUCUUAAAAUAAUAUUCCCAGGAUACUGAGGCUGGAAAUAAAUAAACCCACGUUUGGUAUAUUGGAACAAAAAAAAAAGCCUUGGAAUAAAAAGUACCCAGGAAUCUCAAACUACCCACUUUCUUCCCACGUUCUUUUCCAAUUUAUUCCCAUGAGAUGAGGGCUGGAAAAUUUUGUUCCCAGGAACCAUGAACCCAUGUUCUCUAUGAAAACCCAUUUUUACCCUUUGAUUUACCCGCUCAAUCUUCCCUCCAAAACAAUUUCCACGUUGAAACAAUUGCUUUAUAUUCUACUAAAUUGUUUGUUCAUCACCAACUUGCAAUUUUUUCUGGGUUCUGGAUUUCACCUUGUUGUUCCAGAUGGACGGAUCUUCUGAAAAUCAAAGUGUAAAAGCCACAAAGCGACAAUGGACUGCCGAAGAAGAUGCAGUAUUAGUGCAAGGUUUGUUGAAAUUGGUAGAUGAUGGUUGGAAGGCUGAUGCAGGGUCAUUUAAACCUGGUUAUACUAAAGUAUUAGAGAAAUAUAUUCUCAACAAAUUUCCAGGUUGCACAUUAAAAGCUAACCCGCAUAUUGAAUCAAGGGUGAAACGUCUAAAAUCACAAUAUUCUGCAAUCAAAGAUAUGUUGGGUCCAAGUGCAAGUGGUUUUGGGUGGGAUGAUACUCGGAAGAUGAUUAUAGUGGAGAAGGAGAUCUAUAGUCAAUGGUGCAAGUCUCAUCCUACUGCAAUUGGCUUGUUUGGAAAACCAUUUCCACACUUUGAUUCUUUGGAUACUGUAUUCGGAAAAGAUAAAGCAUCUGGUAAUGCAGCAGAAGAUACUGUUGAUAUGCCUGUUCAGAUGGAGAAGGAACAGUUUGCAUCAACUGAAGGGGGCGGGUCAGGAAUUAAUUUGGAUGGCGAUGAAGAUGAUUUUCUGUCACAGAUACCAGAAACACAGACAGCUAACACUACUAAUUAUAGGACUGGAAAGCGUGGGGGGAAAAGGGUGAAGCAUAAUGAUGAUGGUUCUGAUAGCUUCUUAACUUCAGUGAACAAGUUAGGUGAGUGUUUUGCUAGCGGUGUUGAGAAUAUGAAACAACUAUCCUCUUGUUUUAUGCACGAGAAAGUCACAGCUGAAAGGAGGAAUCAAAUUGUCUCCAUAUUAAGUGAAAUAGGACUAUCUGAUGAUGAUGUUGUGAUGGCUUCUAUGCUUAUAACCAAAGACAACAACCUCUGUGAUUGUUUUUUCGCUAUGAAUACUCCUGAAUUGAGAAAGAAGUUUGUGGUCAUGCUGUUACGUAACAAUGGUUUUCAGUAGAAUUUUGCAUAUUUACUAUUUCGAAUGUUUUAUUAAGAAAAACACUUAUGUAGAAUUUUUCUUUGGUGAUUUUAUUGUUUAGUUGUUUUUAUCAUUGUUAAGUAAAAAACUCAUGUACGAAUUGUCUUUGAAUCUUUUUAUUUAUUGAAGUGUUACUUUUGCUUUGAUUAA